AUGCAUUCCACCAAACUCACAAACCUGCUCUUCGUAGCAUUCAGCACUCUAGCAACAUCCCAAACCGCCAAGCUAACAUCAGUCCCCAACUUCGGCACCAACCCCUCCUCCCUAACAAUGAACAUCUACGUCCCAAACACACUCGCCACCAAACCCCCCAUCAUCAUAGUACCCCACCCCUGCGGCGGCAGCGCCCAAGACACCUUCUCCCGCGUGGCGACCAACCUCCCAACCUACGCCGACAAACUGGGCCUCAUCCUCAUCUACCCCGCGACGCCCACCACCAGCGCCUGCUGGGACGUCCGCUCCAACGCCUCCAUGACGCACGACGGCGGCGGCGACACCCUGGGUCUAAUCAGCAUGGUGAACUACAUUUUGACCAAAUACGCCGGCGACCCCACGAAAGUCUUCGUCACGGGCUCCUCGUCCGGCGGCAUGAUGACCAAUUUGCUACUGGCGGCGUACCCGGACGUGUUUGCGGCCGGCGCAGUGUCCUCGGGGGCGCCGGUCGGGUGCUGGGAUGGGACCACGCCGAAUAGUAUCGGGGGCCCGUAUUGCCAGGCUGGGAAGACGUAUUCGGCUACCCAAUGGGGGGAGUUUGCGGUGGAGAGUGACAGGGGUUUUAAUGGGACGAGACCGCGGUUUAUGACGUGGCAUGGGACGGCGGAUAGGGUGGUGGCGUAUGUGAAUCUGGGGGAUCAGUUGAAGCAGUGGAGUAGUGUAUUGGGGGUGCAGUGGACGGGGAAUGUGACGGAUAGUCCGGAGAAGGGGUAUACGAAGAUGGUUUAUGGGGAUGGGACGAGGAUGGUGGGGUAUAGUGCUUUGGGGGUUGGGCAUAUGGUGCCGUUUCAUGCUGAGGAGAUGCUUGAAUUUUUUGGGCUUUUGUAG